AUGUUGGGCGCCCUCAAGUCAGUCUUCUGGCCCUCAGAAGCCGCGCGCGCACGGCCGGUGGAGACGCCGGCACUCCAAAACCUUGCGGGGGACAAUCGCAAAGCCAAGCUUCGCGAUGUGAAGGCUGAGGACUACCCGACGCCAGAGAAGUACUUGGAAGGCGCGGAGAUUCCCACCUUCUACCAAUUCCAGAGCAACAUGGUGGCGGAUGAGGAUCUCAAAGCUGGCAUGUGCAGCGGAUUGGAGGUGGACAAGAGGCUGACGCUGCCGACGCGCACGCACAUCCGCUUCCUCGUUACCGGCCAGGAUGUGAUCCACUGCUUUUCCGUCCCAUCCUUGGGCGUGAAGACGGAUGCCACCCCCGGCCGCAUCAACCGUAUCAAUACCUUCAUCCAACGGGAGGGCGUCUUCUAUGGCGGUCGAGAAGAGAAGUACCCACCAGGUGAUGUCGCUGUUCGCUUCCUGUCUUUCCGUUUGUCGAUACCCUUCGCCGAUACCGACAGCGACACCACCGAGGGCGAUGAGACCCGUUCCAAGGGCCAAUCGAGAUACAUGCUGCCACGGCAGAAGCUCACGCGCGUCGAGGAGUUAACAUGGAUGGAGCCCUUGAUGAAACAGCUGUGGCCCAAGAUCGACUCUGCCUUGCACAAGAUCAUGAAGGAAACCGUUGAGCCCAAGAUCCAGGAUAAGGUACCGCUGCCGCUGAAGGGCCUCACCUUUACGAAGUUUACUUUGGGCAAGACGACUCCGACAGUGGGUCCGGUCACGAUCUGGGACGCGCCCUGCCUGCGAGCCGAGGAGGCGAAUCGUGGCAUUGAACUUCACGUGGACAUCUUGCUACAGAGCAAGGUCGACGUUGAGCUGGCCGUGGGCGCCCUGGUCGCCGGGAUUAAGAGCUGCACCCUCCACGGCACGCUGGUCCUUCGCCUCGAUCCCCUUCUGGACAGGAGCCCUAUCCUGGGCGGCUUGGUCAUCUACUUCCUGGAUCCCCCUGUCUUGGACCUACACUUCACCAAGCUGGCGGAGCUGGCAUCAGAGCUGGACUUUUCCGAAGGUAUGAUUACCAACCUCUUGGAGAAGCUCGUGGCCAGACGCCUGGUGCUGCCGAAUGUUUGGUUCAGACCCUUCCUCAGGGAUGAAGACGUGGUGGACACAGCGACGCUGCGAGACCCAAAGCCUGUCGGUGUCCUCCGCGUUACGGCCAUUGAGGCCAAGGACCUCUACGCAAACGACAUCAACAUCUUCAGCGAGCGCACGAGCGAUCCGUACGUCCGGAUACGCCUGGCCGACGACGAAUGGACCUCCAUACACCUGGAGAGCACCUGCCAUCCCAAAUGGACCGACCCGGAUUUGCUGGCGAAUGGCGAGCUGGUGGUCACGGAAGAAGUGCGGCAUGACUUCUUGGUGUAUGAUGUGGGCCAGACUCUCCGCAUCGAAGUGUACGACUGGAACAACAUGAAGAGCGAUGUGCUGAUCGGGCGCUCGAACCACAUCACUGUAAUCGACGCGCUUGCCAAAUCAAGGAAGUGGAUCGAGCUGAGCCAGAAGGAUGACUCCAGUGGCGGCCACAUCCUGCUGCAGUUCGACUGGCUCAAGGUGGUGCAGGAGAGCCCAGCGAACGAGGACGACGCCUGCAUGGUCCGAUUGAAGAUCGACGAGGUCUACCUGCCGGACGACCUUGACCUGCUCUAUGCAAAGUUCGAGGUGAGGUUCCAGGAUGUUCUCAAGGCUUCCACACCGGACACGCACCUCACCAGCAACGCUACUGUGACUGACACCGGUGACGGUGAGAAGGAGAAGCGCCUGGAUGUCGAGUACGUCCUCUGCUUCCAGGUGUCGCGUGCCGCAGCAGUGACAGAGCCUUUGCAGAUUUCCGUCAUCUCGAACGAGAAGGUGGUGGUUGGGUACGUGGAGCUGGCCCUGACAGAAGUGGUGGCAGAGGGCGGCACCAAAGAGUGGACCACGGAGGACCCGUUGCUGCUCCAGCGGCCCAAGGAGGACAAGAACGUGAUCUCGGACUUCCUGUCGUCCACCCAGGACGAAGAGAUGAAGGCAGCACCCCUGCGGGCGGAGGUCGCAGUGUCGGUCAUGGGCCUGGUUCCAGUUCCUACGAAGACGGCCCUGGCCCACAUGAGGAAGCGGAGGAUGCAAGUCCCGAAGGCGUCGCCCACUUUCUCCUCCUCCCUGCGCUUCAUGAAGACGGACGAACAGCCGCAAGUGGGCCGGGACACGACGAAAUGUACGGGCUCCGUGGAGUCUUUGGACUGGUUCAACACCUUCUUCGCGCGGCUCUGGCCGAAGAUCGCGACAUACGUGCAGAGGCUCAUGGAGGAUCCGGAGGGCAACGUCACCCAGAGGAUGCAAGCCUCCCUGCCCUCCAUCCUCAAAGGCAUGUACUUCAGCAAGUUCAAGCUGGGCAGCAAAACCCCGCAGUUUGGGCCCAUCAAGAUCUCUGAGGCCCCGGAGCGGUGGUGCAAGGACGGCAAGGAUCCGAUGCAGGGGUCCGAAAUUCGGCUGGGCGUUCGCUUGGAUUCCGAGUCCGAGAUCGAGCUUUCGGUCAUGAAGAUGAAGGUCGGCAUCCACCGCCUUCAAGUGCGGGGUGAGAUCGCCAUCCGCUUCGAGCCCCUGCUGGGCCAGACGCCUGUGCUGGGUGGCCUGGUGCUUUGCUUUCUGAACCCGCCCAAGCUGGCGAUGGAGUACAAGUUCCUGGCCUCCCUUGUGGGCAACACGACCCUGGAGCCCACCGUGAAGUCAGCCAUCGACCGCGCGCUGGCGAAGGCUCUGGUGAUGCCCAAUGUCAUCUCCAUACCAAUCGGCAGUGAGGAGAAGGGUGUGGACCGCGCUUUGCUUCGGAGCCCUCGGCCGCUCGGCAUCAUCCGAGUCCGCGUGAAGUCUGCCAGCGGCUUGCCAGAUGGGCAUCUUCACUUCCUCAGCAAGCAGCAGAGCAACCCCUACGUCAGGGUACGGGUUGCAGAUGAUGAGUGGGAGUCGUCCUGUUCAGUGGGUUGCAAUCCGAUGUGGCUUGAGUCCGACUCGCACUGCUUCUGGUAUUACGACCUGAGGCAGACGUUGCACCUCGAAGUCUUGGACAAGGGCCGCUUCAACCCGAAGCACUCCCUGGCCAUCGCCAAGCCCACCCUGGUCAAUGUGGCCGUGGAGAAUUCGGGGAAGCCCGUGGAGCUCUUCACCCCUGUGGCGAGCUUGGACGAGAUGAGCGAUGAGGCAUGUGGCACCCUGGACAUCGAGUGCGAGCUGCUGCAGCCGCGUAUCGGCCUCCGCCCUUCGUGCGAGCUCUGCAUGCUGCGGAUCAAGGUGGAUGAGAUGUACAUCCCACAGGACUUCCCCCAUCCCCUGGGCUUCGUCGCGCGCUGCGGCAGCUCUGAGAAAACGUCGCCGUUUGCGAACCCGAAAGUGCAGCAAGCCGGCCAGGAGAAUAAGCUGCCUCUGGAUCGCCAGCCGGUAGUUUUGCCCACCGAGUGCGUGCUGCAUCUCCUCGUCAAGAAGGAGGACCUCAGCACACACUCGCUGGAGCUGGAGAUCAUCAACCGGAAGCGCGAGGUGUUGGCCUCCAAAGACGUCGAACUCAAGCAGUUCGUUGACCGGGGCCUCUCCCGUCGCGUCUGGGGCUUGGAGAAGCAGCCCCUGCUCAACCUCCGCGGAGAGAACGUGAAGUGCCAGUCGAAGCUGGAGUUGCAACUGCACGGCCUGGAUCCUCCGAACAAUCGCGUGCGCAGGGCACUGCCGAGGAUGAAGACCGACAUCUUCCGCGACCGGCCAAGGUGCGCUUGCACCUACUGCAAGCUGAAGAGCGAGUCCUGGUACCUCCUCGUCUUUUCGGGCAACGCCUUGGUGGAGGGGCUGGCUUGUUUGAUUGCUUCGCUCUCCGGAUUCAUCCUCAUCUUCGUGAUGGGCGUCUUUGGGCCAAGGCACAAGUACCAAGAGUUGCCGAGUGGAGCCGAAGAGGGCGAGGAUGACCUGCACAACGUGCCGGAAACGGUCUAUGAAGGCGGCGACACCACGCGGAGCAGCAAGGAGCGAACUUCCCCGGUUCGGGAGCAGAUGCGGCCGGCCUCCGUCGACUUCGCCGGGCUUGCGAGCUUUCCGGUUGGAAGCAACUUCUCGUCGCCGAGCAAGGACGCCACCCCAACGCGCGGGCUGACGAAGGAUAGAAUCCGAUCCUACACGAUUCACCACCAGACGAGCCACUAG